CCCCUCCUCCAGGCCAGCCUCCUUUCCUCCUCCCCUCUUCUCCCCGAGAGGCAUCACUUCGUCCCGACCCGAGGAAGACGCGAGCCCCUCGCGGGCGGUCAUCACAGCCCCAGCGCCCGCGCUUCCACCGCGCGCCGCGCCCGUGCGCCCUCGGUCCCCGCAUCCCCGCGUCCCCAGCGCCGCGGGCAUGAGGCCCAGCCGGCCGGUCCCCGAGCCCUCGUCUCGUCACCUGCUGCGCUGCAUCCUGCUCCUCGGGGGUCUGCACCUCGGCGCCCCCGGGGACACCGCCGCCGCCGCCGCCGCCCUCCCGGAAUCCAAUGUCUUCCUCAUCUUCAGCCAUGGACUGCAGGGCUGCCUGGAGGCCCAGGGUGGGCAAGUCCGAGUCUCCCCAGCCUGCAACACCAGCCUUCCCGCCCAGCGCUGGAAGUGGGUCUCCCGAAACCGGCUCUUCAACCUGGGCGCCAUGCAGUGCUUGGGCACCGGCUGGCCGGGCACCAACACCACAGCCUCCCUGGGCAUGUACGAAUGUGACCGGGAGGCCCUGAAUCUCCGCUGGCACUGUCGCACCCUGGGUGACCAGCUGUCCUUGCUCCUGGGGGGUCGCACUGGCAACACCUCCAAGGCUGGCGGCCCCGAGCGCGGUGACCAGACCCGCAGUGGCCAGUGGCGCAUCUACGGCAGCGAUGAGGAUCUGUGCGCCCGACCCUACUAUGAGGUCUACACCAUCCAGGGGAACUCGCACGGGAAGCCAUGCACCAUCCCCUUCAAGUACGACAACCAGUGGUUCCACAGCUGCACCAGCACGGGCCGCGAGGAUGGGCACCUGUGGUGCGCCACCACCCAGGACUACGGCAAAGACGAGCGCUGGGGCUUCUGCCCUAUCAAGAGUAACGACUGUGAGACCUUCUGGGACAAGGACCAGCUGACCGACAGCUGCUACCAGUUUAACUUCCAGUCCACGCUGUCGUGGAGGGAGGCCUGGGCCAGCUGCGAGCAGCAGGGGGCGGACCUGCUGAGCAUCACUGAGAUCCACGAGCAGACCUACAUCAACGGGCUCCUCACUGGCUACAGCUCCACGCUGUGGAUUGGCCUUAAUGACCUGGACACCAGUGGAGGCUGGCAGUGGUCGGACAACUCACCCUUGAAGUACCUCAACUGGGAGAGCGAUCAGCCGGACAACCCGAGUGAGGAGAACUGCGGGGUGAUCCGCACCGAGUCCUCGGGCGGCUGGCAGAACCGAGACUGCAGCAUCGCGCUGCCCUACGUGUGCAAGAAGAAGCCUAACGCCACUGCCGAGCGCCCACCCCCCGACGUGUGGGCCAACGUGAAGGUGGAGUGCGAGCCUAGCUGGCAGCCUUUCCAGGGCCACUGCUACCGCCUGCAGGCUGAGAAGCGAAGUUGGCAGGAGUCCAAGAAAGCGUGUCUGCGGGGCGGGGGCGACCUGCUCAGCAUCCACAGCAUGGCCGAGCUUGAGUUCAUCACCAAGCAGAUCAAGCAAGAGGUGGAGGAGCUGUGGAUUGGCCUCAAUGAUUUGAAGCUGCAGAUGAAUUUUGAGUGGUCUGAUGGGAGCCUUGUGAGCUUCACCCACUGGCACCCCUUUGAGCCCAACAACUUCCGGGACAGCCUGGAAGACUGUGUCACCAUCUGGGGGCCGGAAGGUCGUUGGAAUGAUAGUCCCUGUAACCAGUCCCUGCCGUCCAUCUGCAAGAAGGCAGGCCAGCUGAGCCAGGGGGCAGCCGAGGAGGACCAUGGCUGCCGGAAGGGUUGGACGUGGCACAGCCCAUCCUGCUACUGGCUGGGAGAGGACCAAGUAAGCUACAGUGAGGCCCGGCGCCUGUGCACCAACCACGGCUCUCAGCUGGUCACCAUCACCAACAGGUUUGAGCAGGCCUUUGUCAGCAGCCUCAUCUACAACUGGGAGGGAGAGUACUUUUGGACGGCCCUGCAGGACCUCAACAGCACCGGCUCCUUCCGCUGGCUCAGCGGGGAUGAGGUCAUGUAUACCCACUGGAACCGGGACCAGCCUGGGUACAGCCGUGGGGGCUGCGUGGCCCUGGCCACGGGCAGUGCCAUGGGGCUGUGGGAGGUGAAGAAUUGCACCGCGUUCCGGGCCCGCUACAUCUGCCGGCAGAGCCUGGGCACGCCAGUGACGCCCGAGCUGCCUGGGCCAGACCCCACGCCCAGCCUCACCGGCUCCUGUCCCCAGGGCUGGGGGUCAGACCCCAAACUCCGGCACUGCUAUAAGGUGUUCAGCUCAGAGCGGCUGCAGGACAAGAAGAGCUGGGUGCAGGCCCAGAGGGCCUGCCAAGAUUUGGGAGCCCAGCUGCUGAGCCUGGCCAGCUAUGAGGAGGAGCACUUUGUGGCCAACAUGCUCAACAAGAUCUUCGGUGAAUCAGAGCCCGAGAUCCAUGAGCAGAACUGGUUCUGGAUCGGUCUGAACCGUCGAGAUCCCGGAGCGGGGCAGAGCUGGCGCUGGAGCGACGGCUUGGGGUUCUCUUACCACAAUUUUGACCGGAGCCGGCAUGACGAUGAUGACAUCCGGGGCUGUGCAGUGCUUGACCUGGCCUCCCUGCAGUGGGUGGCCAUGCAGUGCGAGACGCAGCUGGACUGGAUCUGCAAGAUCCCUCGAGGCACAGACGUGCGGGAGCCCGACGUCAGCCCACAAGGCCGGCGGGAGUGGCUGCGUUUCCAGGAGGCCGAGUACAAGUUCUUCGAGCACCACUCC